GUUGGUGGAUGGAAUAUCACAGGUGUGGGGAAAGUGAAAGAUUUUAAUGAAACUCUUCAGACUCUCAUGGGCAGAUACAGCACUUUUCCCUUUUUCAGAGUCCAUGUGGGACCUAAUCCUUUUGACGUUAAGACCAAUAUUAUUCAGAUUGACCAUCCUGAGUUUGAGAUGCCACCUGAGAGUAAACUCAAAAAGCAAAAUUAUCUCGAGGUUCUCCGUGUGUAUCUCUCAUAUUUGAUGAAACUGGGGGACCUACUUGGAGUGCCACAGGAUGGUUCCCCUGAUUCCUUUUCCCUUACCUUGUCCUUCAUCUCUAACCUCCAGCAAGUUGUCACCCCACUGCAGGAAAGACAGCAGAGGAGGAUGCUGUUCCUUCGCACUACCAUUAAGGAGCUACAGGAAAAGGCACCUGCUAUUGACUGGCUGUCAUGUCUCCAGGCUGUCUUCCAUCCUAUGCCAAUGAACCUCUCUCAGCCAAUUGCAGUGCAUGACAUGGAUUACUUAAAAGGCAUGUCACAGCUCAUUGAAAAAUGGCACAAGACAAGGGUCCUUCACAUUUAUAUGGUUGUUUGUCUGAUUGGGAAUCUCUCCCCAGCCCUUGACAGUCGAUUCCAAGAUGCACGCCUGGAGCUAUCUAAGAUUCUUUAUGGAAAAAUGGUAUCUAGAAUGAUCCCAGCUGAGCGCUGGAGGAAGUGCUUGACUGAUACCAGCUCUUUCUUUGAGCCAGUUCUAGGACAGAUGAUAGUACAGGAGAUCUUCCCUCAGCAGAACAAGAAACUUGCUGAGCAGAUGUUCUUUGAGAUCCAAGAUGCCCUUUAUGGCCAACUGGAUCAGUUGGAGUGGAUGGAUGAACGGACUCGCCAAGAGGCUAAAGUCUUGGUUUCCAAACUACGAGUGGAGAUUGGCUAUCCAGCUCACAUACUCCAGACUGCCAAAGUGAACCUGGAAUACCAGAAUUUGGAGAUAAAUGAAGACACCUUUUUCCUCAAUGUAGUGGCUUGCUUGAAAGUACUGAGGGAAAAUUCCUACUUGAAACUCCUUCAGCAUCACUCACAGGACAACUGGCAGGUGUCUCCCUGGACUGUGCAUUCAUACUACUCAAUAAGGCACCAUAUGGUGGUUUUUCCUGCUGGAAUGUUCCGUAGCCCUUUUUUCCACAUGGAGUUUCCCAGUGCUGUGAACUUUGGAGCCAUUGGGGUCUUCAUGGCACAUGAACUUCUUCACACAUUCUAUGGUUAUGUGCUGCCUGGGGGCUGUCCUGCAUGCAACAGGAGUGAACUACAGAAAUCUAUAGACUGCUUGGUUGAACAGUAUGAAAGCUACGACUUAAGAGUCAAUGGUACUUUUACACUGUUGGAGAAUACAGCUGACAAUGGAGGGCUAGCCAUUGCUUACCAGGCCUAUAAAAAUUGGCUGAAAAAGCACAAAGAAGAGAAGGAUUUACCUAAGAUUGGACUUUCACACGACCAGCUUUUCUACCUCAGUUUUGCCCAUGCAAUGUGUGGACACCUGGAUCCUGUAAAACUACAGUCUUCCCUGAACACAGAUCCACACAGCCCCUUGCCACUUCGUGUCUGUGGGUCUGUCAGCAAUAGUCAGGACUUUGCCAGGCACUUCCACUGUUCCAGUGGAUCCCCAAUGAACCCAGACAACAAGUGCCACAUCUGGUAA